AUGUCUGCCACCGGAGAACAAGAGAAAUUGGAACAGGAACAUAUGCCCAUUCCCUUCAUGGCCGAGACACCCGAUACUAACAUGUCAGGCACAGCUGCGAAUCCAGUUUCCCCUACCGAAACCAGUAGUGACAAGCUUCGUGCAUCAGGAGCAGAUCACAACCUGACACAGGAAGCGGCACAAUCUGAACACUUUGAAAAGCGUUCUAGAAUGUCAUCACGACACUCCCACCGAAGCAUCCGGACAAAUUCCUCUCGUUCGUCGAUUACAUCUACAAAGGCCGCACUGGCAGCAGAAGCAGCAGCUUUGAAGGCUCAAUUAGAAUUUGCUGAUGCUGAGGCAGAAAAGAGGGCAGAAAUAGAAAAAAAUCAUGCUGAGCUUGCCAAAUUGCAAACAAUGCGUAACCUCUGUGCUACCCAAGCCAGAAUACGUGCCAUAGACACGGUUCUAAAUGAAGAAUUUGUCAACUCUGACAUUGAAGAAAUUGGAGAGGUUGAAAAUCGUGACACAAUGGUAAGGGAAUAUGUGCAGUCAUUGCCCAACUGCCACGACAAUGCAGGCCUAGCAGAUGAGUCCCCACCAUUGUCGGGAUCUGAACACCAAGCAAAUUCAGAUGAAAUCCCUGAGAAACCAAAGAAUUCAACGCUGGCAGGAGAUGACAGAAACGACUUGAGUGACCUGGCCAAAGUCUUUGCCAAUCAGCUGAACUUGAGUCGUCUUCCCCCGCCAGAGCCCGGUGUGUUUUCAGGCGACCCGCUGAAAUAUCCCAGUUGGAGAAUCAGCUUUGAAACAUUAAUUGAGAAAAGAGGUGUGCCCCCCUCGGAAAGGCUACACUACUUGAAGAGAUAUUUGACUGGACCAGCAAAGGAAGCAGUUGACGGAUUCCUCAUCCUAUCAAGUGACGAUGCCUUUGACCAGGCCAAGGCCCUGCUACAGAAGAGAUAUGGUGAUCCGUUCGUCAUUGCCAACGCAUUCAGAGACAAGCUAGACACAUGGCCCAAAAUAGCCCCCAGAGAUGGCAAGGGUUUGCGAAAUCUAGCUGACUUCCUGCGACAAUGCGAAUCUGCGAUGAAGACGAACGAGAAUCUGAACAUACUCAAUGAUGACAGGGAAAACCGAAAACUGCUUGCUAAACUUCCAGACUGGCUUGUACCAAGAUGGGGUCGAAAGGCGCAAGAAUGGAAGGAAAAACACAACAAAUCUCCCCCCUACACGGAAUUCGUCAAGUUUGUUGUGAAAGAAGCUGAUCUUGCCUGCGACCCUGUAACUUCACUCCAGUCCCUCAAAGCGGAAAGACCCUCGAGUGAGAGUACGAAGCAAGAUGCUAGAAGUGCCAGAAAGGAAUCAAAGAGAGCUGCAGGAGCUAGCACGUUCUCUACUGCGACUGAGACAAAACGAAAAGGGGGUUUUCAAGAUGAAGUUUGUCUACUUUGUGAGAAAAGGAGUCAUCAGCUUGACGACUGUCGAAGUUUCCUUUCCAAGACGCUUGAAGAGAGGAAACAAUUUGUGAUGAAAAGGGGUCUCUGCUUCGCCUGCUUAACUCAAGGCCACAGAUCGAAGCAGUGCCGGCAGAGAAAAACCUGUCAGACAUGCAAACGACGACACCCAACUUCACUUCAUGGUGAUGUCAAGGAAACUCCAGCCCCAAACCCGAAGCCAGAGAGUGAACCACCCAAGCCAGUGGUAGCUUCAACGAGUUCACACACAAGAGUGAACAACUUCAGUGACACCUGCGUACAAGGAAAGAGUUCGAUGAUCGUGCCGGUAUGGGUGUCACAUUCUGACACGCCCAAUCAGGAGAGACUUGUGUACGCACUCCUGGACACGCAAUCGGACACCACAUUUAUCUUAGAUGAUACCUGUGAUGCACUCGGACUCGAUGGACCUAAGGUCCAGCUACUGCUAUCCACAAUGUUCUCAUCUAAUCAGCGAGUAGAAUCUCGGAAGAUCAGAGGACUACAAGUGAGAGGAUAUGACAGUAAUCUGAGAAUAACGCUCCCUACGGCAUACACAAGAGGCAUCAUGCCAGCUAACCGCACACAUAUACCUACAGCAGACAUGGCAAGACGCUGGCCCCACUUGGACAAGAUAGCAAGGGAACUCAUGCCGGUGGCUGAUUGCGAAGUUGGAAUCCUAAUCGGAUACAAUUGCCCACAAGCCCUUGCCCCUCGUGAAGUGAUUGCGCCAGUCGACAAUGAGCCGUAUGGUCAAAGGACAGACCUUGGUUGGGGAAUUAUAGGAAUUGUCGACCCAGACCUGAGAGAGAAUGAAUCCGAUCAAGUGGGAGUGAGCCAUAGAAUUCUUGCAUGCGAGAACCCGACAACGUUAUCCAAGGCAGAAUGUCAAGUUGGCAUGAACACCGUGAGAGACCAAGUCCUGCUUGCAUUUAGAACACAUGUCAAGGAAGUCAUCAAACCUUCGGGGAUUGUUGAGAUGAUGGAACUCGACUUCUCAGAGAGAAAGUCAUGCGACGUUCCAGUUUCGAUUGAUGACCGCAAGUUCAUGAAGAAGAUGCAGGAAGGGAUCCGCCAGCAACCGGAUGGUCAUUACAUCAUGCCACUUCCUUUCAAGGGGACUGAACCUCCUAAACUGCCGAACAAUAAGAUGCAAGCUGUUCGCCGCUUGGACCAGUUAAAGUCACGCUUCGCAAGGGAUCAAAGCUACCAUCGAGACUACUGUUCUUUCAUGCAGGAUAUCAUCGAAAACGGUUAUGCUGAACGUGUUCCAGAAUCCGAGGUAGCCUAUGAAGACAGCGGUCAUGUGUGGUACAUACCUCACCAUGGGGUAUACCACACCAAGAAGCCUGAAAAGAUCAGGGUAGUUUUUGACUGUAGUGCUAGAUACCACGGAGUGUGUCUCAACGAUCACCUUCUACAAGGUCCCGACCUUACUAAUGCCCUUGUAGGUGUACUGUGCAGAUUCAGAAGAGAACCUGUUGCACUCAUAUGCGAUGUUGAAAAGAUGUUCUACCAGUUCCAAGUCGAUGCGGAACAUCGUAACUUUCUUCGGUUCUUGUGGUGGAGCAAUGGAUGCUAUGAAGGAGAUCCUCAUGUGUUUCGUAUGAAAGUGCAUCUGUUCGGGGCUACAUCAUCUCCGGGAUGCGCAAACUUUGGCCUGAGGCAGAUAGCUGAUGACUUUGAGACAGAGUGUGGGUCUGCAGCAGCCAACUUCGUGCGACGAAAUUUCUAUGUGGAUGAUGGGUUGAUCUCCGUUCCAACCAAACACGAGGCAACUGACCUGAUCCAGAAGACAAAGGAUCUUUGCAAACGAGGUGGCCUGCGUCUCCAUAAGUUUGUUAGUAAUUCUGUAGAGGUCAUCGAUGCAGUUGCACUGGAAGACCGUGCAAAGGGGAUUAAGGAUCUCGACCUUCGAUUUGAUUCCUUGCCAGUUGAGAGAGCCCUUGGAAUUCAGUGGUGUAUCGAAUCAGAUACCUUCCAGUUUCGCAUCACUUUGAAGGAUCAGCCACUGACAAAACGUGGAGUUCUAUCGACUGUCUGCUCUGUCUAUGACCCACUGGGACUAGUAGCUCCUGUCGUACUCGUCGGAAAACAGAUUUUGCAGAGCCUCUGCAAAGAUCAAGCUGACUGGGAUGAUCCACUCCCAGACCCUGUAAGAUCUCGAUGGGAGCAAUGGCGGAGCAGCCUGAUUCAUCUUCAAGACCUAAAGGUAUCGAGAUGUUUUCGGCCAGAGGACUUUGGAGAUGUGAAAUCCAUUGAAGUUCAUCAUUUCUCCGAUGCCAGUAACACAGGAUAUGCACAGUGUUCAUAUCUACGACUUCAAGAUACUGAAGGAAGAGUCCACUGUGCCCUGGUGAUGGGCAAGUGUAGAGUCUGCCCGUUGAAGACUGUCACGAUCCCUCGCUUAGAACUCAAUGCAGCAGUUGUAUCCGUGCGAGUCAGUGCACUUCUACAGAAGGAGCUUGACUAUAAGGAAUACAGUGAGGUUUUCUGGACGGACAGCCAAGUUGUCCUAGGAUAUAUAGCCAACGACGCCCGUAGAUUCCACACCUUCGUGGCAAACAGGGUGCAACAAAUCCGGGACCAAACCGAACCAAACCAGUGGAGACAUGUACGCUCAGAGGCCAACCCAGCAGAUGAUGGCUCCAGAGGCCUGUGUGCAAACGAAUUGGUCAAUCAAUCAAGGUGGCUACAUGGUCCUGCAUUUCUACAAGAAAGGGACAUUCCAAUCGAAAUCGAGGCUUGCAGUCCAACAGUCUCUUCUGACGAUCCUGAAGUGAAGAAAGUGCAAGCAUUCUCCACACAUUCAUCUCCGAAGCAUUCUAUGUUAGAACGCCUGGAAAGAUUCUCACAAUGGCAUCGGGUCAAGGGAGCAGUAGCAAUCUGUCUCAAGCUGAAACAGCGCCUGAAAGCUCGCCUCAUCAAGAGAGGACAAACGAUCAAGCCAAUCCAAACACCGCAGGAAAGACCAAUCCCUCUCUAUGAACCAGCUACAGUUGAAGAGCUCUAUCAAUCAGAAGUUGAGAUCAUUCGUCUCCUUCAAAGACAUUCCUUCGCAGGGGAAAUGAAGAUUUUGGAGUCACUGGAUGUCAGCAGCAACUGCGUGGAUCGACAGACAGCUGGGGUCCGAAACAAAGCCAUGAGAAAGACAAGCUGUCUGUAUAGACUGGACCCGUUCAUCGAUGAAGAUGGCGUAAUGCGAGUUGGGGGACGUAUCAAGAGGGCUGACCUUCCUCCCAACUUCAAGCACCCGGCGAUACUCCCGAGAAAUCAUCACAUCACCGACCUGAUAAUCCGACACUGCCAUGAAGUAGCAGGUCAUCAAGGACGAAGUAUGACCACUAACCAGAUCAGGUCAAGCGGCUAUUGGAUCAUUGGCUGCAGCUCUGCGGUAUCCAGCAUCAUCUCUAAGUGUGUCAAAUGUAGAAAGCUGUACAAACCAGUCAUAGAACAGAAGAUGGCAAAUCUGCCUGAAGACCGACUUGAACCUGCUCCUCCCUUCACAUAUUGCGGUGUAGAUCUGUUUGGGCCAUGGUACAUAAAGGAAGGCCGCAAGGAGCUCAAAAGAUAUGGCGUUCUUUUCACCUGUAUGAGUUCCCGAGCAAUCCAUAUCGAGACCACGACUGCACUUAGUACUGAUGUCUUUAUCAAUGCGUUGCGUAGAUUCAUCGCCAUUCGAGGACCUAUCCGACAACUGAGAUGUGACCAGGGCACCAACUUUGUUGGAACACGAUCAGAGCUCAAUGAAGCCCUGAAAGAGAUGAACACCGAUCAUGUCAGAAAGUUCCUAAUCAAGCAGAACUGCGACCUAGUUGAAUUCAAGACGAAUAUACCAACGGCGAGUCAUACAGGAGGAGUAUGGGAGAGGCAAAUCCGCUCGGUACGAAGAGUACUCUCGUCCCUAAUGGAUCAACUGGGAUCUCAUCUCGACGACGAGUCACUGAGGACUCUCAUGACAGAAGCAGCUGCCAUCAUAAAUAGCAGACCUCUGACCAUCGAUAACCUGAACGACCCAACCUCACUCGCUCCCUUAACACCGAAUCACUUGCUGACUAUGAAGUCAACAUUGGUUUUACCACCACCUGGAUGUUUCCAAAGCACUGAUCUCUACUCGAAGAAAAGGUGGCGUCGAGUCCAGUUCCUUGCAAAUGAAUUCUGGAACCGCUGGAGAAAGGAAUACAUCCAGACAUUGCAGUUGAGGCAAAAGUGGAUCCGUCCACACCCCAACCUUGAAGUUGAUGACAUAGUGCUUGUUAAGGAUGACACGCUCCCUCGCAACAGGUGGCAACUGGGCCGUGUCAAGGACGUCUUUCCAGGAAAAGAUGGUCUAGUGCGUAGUGCACGUCUUCUUCUAGGCGACCCAUUGCUCGACGUAGAAGGCAAGCAGACGCAUCCCAAAAGAUACUUGGAACGUCCAGUGCAGAAGCUAGUCCUGCUUGUCACAAACAAGGAUACCGGAGAGUUCCCCGUCGAGGAGCCUAAGUAA